UAUCAUGUCCUUCCCCUGGAUGUGAAUAUGCGGCGGAAUUUGAAAUUGGAAGUGAAAGUUAUGAUGUGGUUUGUGAUUGUUCAAAUAGUUUCUAUUGGAAUUGCUUGGACGAAAUCAUCGCCCGAUUAAUUGUGAGACUAUUGCUAAGUGGAGAAUUAGAAACUCAACGAAAUCUGAAAAUAUGAAUUGUGUUUUGAUUGUUACUAAGAAGUGUCCUAAAUAUAAGAACGCUAUUCAGAAAAAUGAGGGAUGUAUGCUUGUAGGUGUGGUUAUCAAUUUUUUUGGCUUUGUUUAAAAAAAAAGGGUCCUUGUAUUGAUAGUUGUAAUCGUUAUGAGGAAAAAAAGGAGGUAAAGGAAGCCAAAAAAUUAGUACAAAGAUACACACAUUACUUUGAGAUAUGGGCAUCUAAUGAGAAGUCAAGACAAAAGGCUUUUAAAGAUUUAAAUGAGAUGAGAGAUGAAGGUUUGAAGGAGCUAAGUGAAUUACACAAUUUACCUGAGACUGAAUUGGGAUUCAUUAUACCAGCUUGGCAACAGAUUGUUGAAUGUAGAAGAGUUUUGAAAUGGACAUAUGCUUAUGGAUUUUAUUUAGGGGAAAAGGAGAAGACAGAAUUCCAAAUUUUCGAGUACUUACAAGGGGAAGCUGAGGCAGGUCUAGAGCGACUUCAUCAUUGUGUAGAGAAAGAAUUGUUGGGUCCUCUUGGAUAUACCAAGAAAUUGGAUUAUACAGAGUACAAGAAUUUUGAACUUUUUCGUUCGAAACUUAUUGAUCUGACUAAGGUUACUGGAAAUUACUUUGAGAACUUGGUUACUGCCUUAGGCAAUGGGCUGAAAGAUGUGAAAAACUCAAAAGAAUCCAAGAGGAAAAAGGGUAAGUGACAUAUGCAAUUUGUUAAAUGAAGAUUUUGAUACUAAUAUUUGUCAAAUGUGUUUGGUAGGUUAAGCAAAUUUAACCCAACAGAUGCAGAGUAUAAGAAUAUUAGAUGAACUUAGAAGAAGUAUUUUUGUUUUCUUAGUUUAGCUUAAAUAGUCCAAAGUUUGGUUUGUCUCCAUGUUUUCGUGCACAAUUUAUUUUCAUUAAAUUUUAUCUGUAUUCGAUUCAGUAA